GGUCGCGACGUCCUCGCCUCCACACAGUACUGAGAUCGCGCACCUGUCCGCUUCGUGUCAACGCGAUCGAACGCCGACGGACGACGACGUCCCGACGAGGGACACCGACAAUCGGAACGCCUCGAUCGCGAUCGAUAGAUCGGAGCCACGUGACUGAUCAACAUCCUUCCCUUCAGCUUCUCGGCGAUCGACUGGUUUGGGGGAAGUUUGAGGGAAUCCUCGGGUGUUCCGGGGUGACCUGAGAAUUCUCAGAAUUCUCCUAGGAUCCUCGAGAGUCCUUGGAGAAGUUUGCGAGAUAAGUCGGGACUUUGCUAACACUCCGGAAGAGUAACUCGGAGCGUCCGAGAUAUCUCGCGAAAGUUUAAGGAGACAUAAGAAAGCUUGCAGAUUUUUAGAUAAGUUUACGAGAUGGCGAAUUAGUUUGUAAAAAGCUCCAAAGCCGUAAGUUUUUAAGGGAGUAGAUCUGGAAAUUUUGAGACGUGUGGAGCAGUUGGAAAGUGUUUGGGACAUUAUCAAGAGGGCUACUGAAAACUCCGACAAGUUUUCAAGAAUCUCUAGACAUCGCGCAGAGUGGAUCAGGAAUUCUGUAGCAAUCUGCGAAAAUUUCUACAAAAGAAACCUAACGCAAUUUCAGUUGCAGCUUUUGAGGAUCGUGUUCCAAGGUUACGGCAUAACUUUUUGCGCCGCGUACAUUUUUGGUCACGUGGCCGGGGAGUCUCGAAACUUUCGAUCUACUCGGAAAGUGUGCGUCGCGUUUUGCAACGUCAAAGAGAGAACUUUCUUAAUUCAUCGAUAUUUUUGUAAGAUCUGAAGAAAGACUGUCCGGAGCAACAUUUAUUAAAAGUGAGAUAAAAAAACAAUUAAUUUAUUUGGUGUCUCGCGCGUUUUACGAUCUAUCACUUUAUUAUCGAGAACUCUAUGAGGAUCUUCAUCGCGAAUUGAUCAGCUGACGAGUGUGUUUCUCUAGAACUCUGAAUCUUUACCGGGGGCUAUUUUCACUCCGCGGUUCGAGGACCUUGGCGAAAGAGCUUGACGUUUAAAGGGCUUCUGGUUUAUCCUGCCCCGUCAUGACUUCGAAGAGUUCUGUUUGAAUAGUCCUGAAUACAGUAAGAACGACAUAAGUGGAAUUAUCGAAGACCAAUAAGGCCUUGAAGUUGAUCGAUCUGCAGCCCGAAAUUUUUGAGGAAUUGGUCAAUUCAAUUCGAGCGACUCAAGAGGACAGAGGGUAGAUGGAUCUAUUUUGAUAUCUGACAGAAUUGUUCUCCCUACAGAAAUUUCGCACCGUGCUAAGAAUCGAUUUCGGGACUGAGGGCGUGGAUCGUGCAUGUCCGAAGUCGGCGAUUCGCAAAUCACGGCGAUGAAGAUGAGCAAAGUGGGCAACCAGACCAAUUCGCAGGACCCACAGGCGGUGAAUUCACGCGUGUUCGUCGGGAACCUGAAUACAUUUCAAUGUAGCAAGACCGAUGUGGAAAGAAUGUUCCAACGCUAUGGCCGCCUGGCCGGCAUUUCUAUGCACAAGGGUUACGCAUUCGUGCAGUUCACAAAUCCGUUUGACGCACGCAGUGCGUGCCUCGGUGAAGAUGGUCGCACCGUCCUCAGCCAGAUUCUCGACGUGAAUAUGGUGGCCGAGCCAAAGCCUCACCAAACUGGACGCAAGCGGCAGAACGUCUCCAAAACGGGCAACGACUGGGACUACUACUAUGACAGUUACUACGCGUCGACCGCGUUUCCGCCGCGCUUAGCACCGCCGUUGAAGCGGCCGCGUUUGAUGCCACCGACACGAGCACAGCAUCCGAAGCUACAGAAACAACAAUCGACGGCAAACACCGGCACGAUACCCGACUUGAAUCAACUUAAAGUGUACAGCAAUCCAGAUAUACUGAUCUGCGGCAACUGCAGGGAGAUGUUCACGGAACUCGGGGAGCUGUUGGAGCACAAGCGGAACUACUGCAAGCUGCGGUUCACAUGUAAAUGUCACACCUUCAACGGAGCCGCCCCAAGAGACUCGACGACAGCGUUGCUCUGCGUCCUCUGCAAGUUAUCCUUUCCAAGUGCUUGGGAAUUGAUGGUCCAUGCCCAGGCAGCUCACAUGAUCAACAUUUACGAGCUGGGCACAAGAGCGCCGAGCCCGUCACGGAGCCCUAGCCUUGACCAGCCGAAGGAGUCGUCACCCUCCCCGCAGGAUUUCCAGGAAAUCAAGGCUACGGAUUGCGAAGAGCGCGUGGAGGAGGAGGAACUUGAUGGACACGAGUUAAUACCGUCCCCCGACAGUGGCAAGUCAACGGACAACGAAGCGGCUCUGUCGCCGAUCAAGAUUCGAUCUGACGUUAACGGGUUGGAUCACGAGGACUGCGACGAAUUGAUCCACGUCGAGAACACCACGCAGGCGUGCAUCAUGCAUACUCUCAGCAUUGACUCGUCCUUGGAGCUGAAUUCUGACGCGAACUCGAGGACAACUUCUGGAACGGUGAUGGCCUUGACCAAUGGUUCAUUAUCGGCGAAGGAAUAAAUGAGAAAAAAAAAUUAAAAGAAACGAUAAAAAGAGAAUUCAUCGGAACGGUCUUCCCCGGCCAACCAACGAGACAUAUCGAUCUCCUUUAAGGAUAACGCACCCGUUUGUAUAUAGCUUAAUUGCCUAACAAAUUAUAUUCAGGAUCGUUAGAUCCCGUGGUCUAUGCCGGCUGAUCGGAUAUCGAUCAUCUUCCCAAAAGAAAAAAAAAAUAUCAGUUCUGUUCUGGAAUUUUUACGCACUUGCAAUUCCGCUUUAAACUUCAAUUGAAAGCUAAUCCAAAUGGAAGCAAAAUAUUAUAGAAAAUCGGAAUGAAUUUAAUUAUUUAUAUUAGAGGUUAUUUUUGGAAAAAUAUAAAUUAAAUUGUGGACGCUGAAAUUUUUACGUACUCGUUCUCCUCAUUAAACUGUAGACUUUUUAUUUGUCGAAACUACGUUAACUCUUUUUAAAUACUAGAAUAUUCAGAUCUGAUAUUUGAAUUUCUUAUAUUAUUCUGGAUUAUUAAUGUUAAAAUUUCUAACUUUUAUAUUUAAUAAAAAAUGUUUUAUAUCUGUUAAAACUUCACAGCUUCUGUGUAAGAGCUUCAAAACAUUGUAUUUAUUUAUUCUGGGAGCAUUGAGUUAUUAAAGCUUUAGAUUUGAGGCUUAAAAAUUUUUUAUGAUCAAAUAUCGUAUUUGUCUGUUAUUACUGACAACUGCUUCUAAAUGUCUAAAAUUUAUCAACCACGAGAUUUUAAAUCCACAUAACUCAAUUGUAAAUCACAAAUAAUUUUAUAUUUAAAAGAUUGUAUACAAUAUAAGUUUAUUAUUAUUCAACUAUAUAAAAUCAAGUGCUUUUGUCAUUUCGGUGGCAAAAAUAUUGAAGAUAAGAAUAUUGGUGGACAACAUAUUAGCCAAAACAAAUCGUCAAUGGAUUUAAUAUCUCUAGAAAUCCUAAAAAUUAUUUAUUUCCAGCAAGAAUUGAUUAAUUUCUUCAACAAAUAUUAUAUCAUUAUUAAUAUCAGAUAUAAAUAAUCCUUGGAUAUUGGCAAAGUUGUUUGUUAAGAAAAUAAAGAAACCUCUUGUACCUUCCUUUCAUAGCGAUCGCACACGCGUGUAGGUUAAAAAUAUAGAAUGCCAAUUUAAUUAUUUAUGAAAAACAUAUCUCCCAAUAAACAAUGUGAUGUCGAUGGCAAACUAAUAACUGAAUUACAAUACGAAUUUAAACUUCAAUCAUUAAAACGGCAAGUCCAUUUCUCUGCUCCGUUCCGAUUUACUUUCAUUUUGAGAUUCUUAAUCAAUCAUAUUACACGAUUUAAAUCAUUGUUAUCUAUUUUAAGAAGGAAACGUAGCAUAGAGAAAGCGAGAAGAGAGGAGGCUCUGUUGGCGGCUGUUAUACAAAUUAUAUGUUACUACCAAUUCUAUAAUAUUAUGUAUCUUGAUUAACUUCACUUAUAGAUACAUAAACCCGUAUAGUCUAUCCAUAUAAAUAUAUAAUUCUAUAUAUAUCUAUAUACAGAUAAU